AUGUCGCAGAAUGAAAGGAAGUCGCUGUUACUGCCUGUGGGGGGAGUGAAGGGUGGUGCUGCUGCCCCCCCCCGUGCUGCUGCUGCUGCUGCUGCUGCUGCUGCUGCUGCUUCAAAGCGCGGCCAUGUAGUGCAUUCUUCUGAAAGCAGCAUUGUUUGUGUUUCUGCUGGUGCUACGCCGCUGCACAUGUCUGCUGCAGCAGAAGAAGUAGAUUUAGCUCUGCUAUCUGAGGAGCAGCAGCAGCAGCAGCAGCAGCCGUGCUUACACGAAGGGCACUCCCAACCUGUUACAACAGCACUAUCUGCAAUCCAGAGGGUUGCUGCUGCUCCUCGUGCGGGUAUAUGCGAAUCUGCUGCCUCUCUCUCCCAGGUGCAGCAGCUGCAGCAGCAGGUGCAGCAGCUGCAGCAGCAGCUGCGGCAGCAACAGCAACAGCAGCAGCAGCAGCAGCUAACGAGCCCUCUUGCCUCUAAAGAGGAAGCUGCAGCAGAUCAGCAGCAGGAGAGCAAAAAGGGAGACGUUCAUGAAGCACCAGCAGCAGCAGCAGCAGCAGCAGCAGCCGUAGCAGUAUCUUCUUCAGCAGCAUCCCCAGAAGCAGCAGAAGCAGCAGCAGCAGCAGGAGCAGAAGAAGAAGAAGAGUACAUUGAAAAGAGUGUAGGGCGUGUUCGUUAUAUUGAAGAGAAGCUGCAAUCAAUGCAUUCAACAAUGCUGCGAGCUCUCGUAGACAGCAGCGACUUAGAGCAGCAGCAAUAUGUUGCUCUAGCCAAGCAAAUCGAGGCUUUCUACGACGAAUACGAAGGUUGCUUUUGA